CACCUAUUAGUGGAGUCUUUACUGAACUUGAGCGUGUUUCUGAUCCUGUUUUUGCUCAAAAAUUAAUGGGUGAUGGUUUUGCAAUAAAGCCGCAGCCAGAUGAAAGCGUUGUUUAUUCGCCAGUCGAAGCUAAAGUAGUUUCACUCCCUGAAUCUAAACAUGCGGUUGGGCUCGUAACCGAUGACGGUGAUGAGGUACUGCUUCAUAUUGGAAUUGAUACGGUUAAUUUGAACGGUAAAGGAUUUACAGCAUUAGUUAAGCUGGGCGACAAGGUAAACAAGGGCCAGGAACUGAUUGAACUCAACCGGCAAUUUUUAACUGCAAAGCAGGCGGAUUUGACCACUAUUGUUGUUUUAACCAAUUAA